AUGAAGCUCCUCAGCUUGUCUUUGGCCGCUGGCCUCAUUGUCAAUCAUGGUACAAAUGCCAAACCAAACCAACAGAACGAACCUCUCUUCUCAUACAAUGCCAACCUGCUGCCGCUCGAGAAGAAUGCUGGAUCCUCUGAUCUCUUCCCCAUGGCAGAUUGCAAUGGAUUCAAGCUUGAAGAGGCGACCUUCACAGAGAUGCAGAACGCCAUGAAAGCUGGGAAGCUUACUUCUGUUCAGCUCGUCACCUGCUACCUCAUCCGGACAUACCAGACUGAGGAGUACAUCAACUCCAUCAUGCAGAUCAAUCCGGACGCUUUUGCAAUUGCUGCUGAGCGCGACGCCGAGCGAGCCAAGGGCAAAGUGCGAGGACCCCUCCACGGUAUUCCAUUCACUGUCAAGGACAACAUCGGAACCAAAGAUAGUCUCGAAACCACUGCAGGAAGUUGGGCACUUCUUGGAAGCAUCGUCCCUCGCGAUGCGCACGUCGUCAAGAAGCUUCGCGAUGCAGGCGCCGUACUCUUUGGCAAGGCUGCCCUGAGCGAAUGGGCCGACAUGCGCAGCAAUGACUACUCAGAAGGCUACUCUGCCCGUGGUGGCCAGGUUCGCAGCGCCUACAACUUUACCAUUAAUCCUGGUGGCAGUUCUACAGGCAGCGCUGUCGGUGUUGGAGCCAAUGCCAUUGCCUUUUCGCUUGGUACUGAGACUGACGGCAGUGUCAUCAACCCCGCCAACCGCAAUGCCCUUGUGGGAAUUAAACCUACUGUUGGCCUGACAUCCCGUGCUGGUGUCAUUCCUGAGAGCGAGCACCAGGACUCUGUUGGAACGUUUGCGCGUACUGUGAAGGAUGCUACACUGGUUCUCGAUGCUAUUUACGGUAUUGACAGUCGCGAUAACUACACCUCUGCGCAAAAAGACAAAACACCCAAGGGUGGCUAUGUGCAGUAUCUGUCCAAAAAGAAGGCCCUCAAAGGGGCUACCUUUGGUCUUCCUUGGAAGAGCUUCUGGGUUCAUGCCGAUGAGGACAUGCAGUCUCAGCUUCUGGAGCUCAUUGACUUGAUCAAAUCUGCUGGUGCGACUAUCAUCAAUGGCACCGAGAUUACCAAUUACGAGACCAUUGUCAGCCCUGAUGGGUGGAACUGGGAUUACGGUACCACGCGAGGAUUCCCUAAUGAGUCGGAGUAUACCUACAUCAAGGUUGACUUUUACCGCAACAUUGAAGCCUACCUGAGCGAGGUCACAAACACCAACAUCCGCAACCUAGAGGACAUUGUUGAGUUCAACAGGAAGUACGAUGGAACUGAGGGUGGGUACCCCUAUGAGGAUGGCAAAGGUCAUCCUGCCUUUGCGUCCGGCCAAGAUGGCUUCCUUGCCUCGCUCGAAACCAAUGGGGAAAGAGACGAAACUUACUGGCAGGCCCUCGAUUUCUGUCAAUCGUCGACCCGCAAGGGUAUCAACGACGCCCUUUCAUACAAGGGCAAAAAGCUCUCUGGUCUUCUCGUACCUCCUCAAGUCGCUCAAGCCCCUCAGAUUGCCGCCCAGGCUGGUUACCCGGUCAUCACAAUCCCUGGCGGCUACUCAAAGGAAUCCGGCAUGCCUUUUGGCCUGGGCAUCAUGCAAACUGCUUGGGCCGAAGCCGAGCUUAUCAAGUGGGCCAGUGCCAUCGAAGACCUGCAACACAGCGCUGAUGCUUCAUCGAAGCGUCGUCUGCCUAAGUGGCUUGGAUAUCUUGAACGUAAUGUCCCGGUACCUUUUUAA